AUGUCAUCCAACAGAAGCCAGAACCCUCAUGGGCUCAAGCAGAUUGGUCUGGACCAGAUCUGGGAUGACCUGCGAGCAGGAAUACAGCAGGUGUACACCAGACAGAGCAUGGCCAAAUCACGAUACAUGGAACUGUACACGUAUCCUUCCACAUAGAUACACUGCCAGGCUUCUCUGACUAAUGUGUGUUUAUUAAGGGGAGGGGAGGGGAGGGGAGGGGAGGGGGGGGUUAGCUAACAGAUGGCUUUUAUGCCUGGUAAGACAGAAAAAAGUGGCAAAGCUGGAAAAAAAUUGUUUUUAUGGGAAAGACCCCAGCACAGGUUUGCCUCAGUUUAAAGCAUAUUAGGGAUAAUCCAUUGUCAGUAUUUUAAGUUUCUACAUUGAUGUUGUUGCCUUAACCCACCACCCAGACAUGUUUAUAACUAUUGUACCAGUGUGCAUCAGUCCAAUCAGGCCCGUGGUGCAGGGCCCCCUCCAUCCAAGCCCUCCAAAAAGGCCCCCACCCCAGGAGGGGCACAGUUUGUGGGCCUGGAGCUCUACAAGAGACUCAAGGAGUUCCUCAAGAACUACCUGACCAACCUGCUCAAGGUAAUGCUCUGUUCCGUGCCUUUUUAAAUGGAAUGAGGUCAAUGAAUCGACUGAAUGAAUUAGCCUACUGGUUAAUUCUCCAAUAGCCCUUCCAGUAGAGGUUAAAAGGAAGCAUAUCAAAUGUCCUACCACAUUUGCAUGCUUAUCUCUAACUAAAUAUCAGUCUCUUCUCUCUUCUUCUCCUCCCUCUGUCCCCAUCAUCUGCAGGAUGGAGAAGACCUGAUGGAUGAGAGUGUAUUAAAGUUCUACACACAGCAGUGGGAAGACUACAGAUUCUCCAGCAAAGUGCUGAAUGGUAUCUGUGCCUACCUCAACCGGCACUGGGUCCGCCGCGAGUGUGACGAGGGGCGCAAAGGGAUCUACGAAAUCUACUCUGUAAGACAACACAUUUUUUUAGUUAACCUAAAUCUCAUUCUUCAAUGGUUUUCUCAAUUGUAUGCAUUGCCUAAUCCUUUCCUCUCCUUUCAGCUCGCUUUGGUGACAUGGAGAGAAUGCCUUUUCAGACCUUUGAAUAAACAAGUGAGUAUCCCCUCAGAUCAGCUGUGGAAAAGUUAUUCCCAGUCUUAGUUGAUUAGUGAGUAGAUUGUGAUAUGUUACAUUUUGUUGAAGUUAUGAUCCUAAAUGUCUUCACCCCCAACUAAGGUCACAAAUGCUGUAUUGAAGCUCAUUGAGAAGGAACGUAACGGAGAGACCAUCAACACCAGGCUUAUCAGUGGAGUCGUCCAGUCCUAUGGUAGGUCCUGGCAUAUUUUAAUGGUGUGUUGUUCAACCAAUAUGAAACUGUUGUGCGAAAUGUGAUAUCAUGGCUCUGAAAUGAUGUGUUGGUUGACAGUGGAGGUUGUGUCUUUCAGUUGAGUUGGGUCUCAAUGAGGAUGAUGCCUUUGCCAAAGGACCCACAUUGUCAGUCUACAAAGAGUACUUCGAGACUCAGUUCUUGGCGGACACUGAGCGUUUUUACACACGAGAGAGCACAGAGUUCCUGCAACAAAACCCAGUUACUGAAUACAUGAAAAAGGUGGGUUAUGAAACCAGUGUAUCGCGCCAAAUUGCUUUAUCAGUAGCCUUUGUUUAAUGUAAAAAUGUGCAGAAUCCCUCUCUCUUUCUCCAUCUCUUUCGGUCUCUCCCUCUGCUCUCUUUCUCCUUCUGUCUCUCUCUCAGGCUGAGGCGCGUCUAUUGGAGGAGCAGCGGAGGGUGCAGGUGUACCUCCAUGAGAGCACGCAGGACGAGCUAGCCCGCAAGUGUGAGCAGGUGCUCAUCGAGAAGCACCUGGAGAUCUUCCACACAGAGUUCCAGAACCUUCUGGACGCUGACAAAAAUGAA